CUGGGUUGGUGACUUGAUUGAAUCGAUUGAUGUGAUUGAGUAAAUGGCUUUGUGAUCUGCUCUAUUGCCUUCGUUUUCUACCAUCGUAGUCCCUAUAUUGCUCCCAUACGAUUCCUCUACUUGUCACUAUCUAUUAAAUUUAAACAUCAAGUACAAGACAAAAGCAACCACCAUGCCGACAGCUUCAGAGCGCAUCCCCGCCGCCGUGCGCCCUCUCGUCAGCGAGAGAGCUCGCAAGACACUCGACCUGGUCGAGAAGUUCGUCAACGAAGAAUGCCUCCCCGCCGACCCCGUCUACCACGCACAACUCGGCACCGGCGCCACCCGCUGGACCUACCCGCCCAUAAUGACCGAACUCAAGACCAAAGCGCGCUCCCUGGGUCUCUGGAACCAAUUCCUCGCGGGCCACGAGCACGGCGGCGCCGGCUUCACGAAUCUCGAGUACGGACUCAUGUGCGAGCAAUUAGGGCGGAGCCGGACGGCGUCGGAGGCGACGAACAAUGCGGCGCCCGACACGGGGAACAUGGAGUUGCUGGCGAAGUAUGGGAGUGAGGCGCAGAAGAAGAGGUGGUUGGGGCCGCUGUUGGAGGGCGAGAUUAGGUCGUGCUAUGUUAUGACGGAGCCGGAUACGGCGUCGAGUGAUGCGACGAAUGUGCAGUUGAGUAUUAAGAGGGAGGGGAAUGAGUAUGUUCUUAAUGGUCAGAAAUGGUGGAUAUCCGGCGCCGGCGACCCACGCUGCAAAGUCUAUAUCGUGCUCGGCAAGACGGACCCGAACCACGCAGACAAGUACAAGCAGCAAUCCAUCAUCAUCGUGCCCUCAGACAGCCCCGGCAUCGAGGUGAAGCGCAUGCUCUCCGUCUACGGGUACGACGACGCUCCCCACGGACACGCCCACCUCAUCUUCCGCAACGUCCGCGUCCCAGCCGAGAACAUCGUCCUAGGUGAGGGGAGGGGCUUCGAGGUCAUGCAGGGGCGUAUGGGUCCCGGCCGCAUUCACCAUGCCAUGCGCUCCAUCGGCGCGGCCGAAGAAGCCCUCCGUUGGCUCCUAACCCGCGCCAACGCACCGCACAAGCAACCCUUCGGCAAGCAGCUCUCCGAGCAGGGCGUGAUCCUGCAAUGGAUGGCGAAAUCCCGCAUCGAGAUCGACGCGGCCAGGCUCAUCGUGCUCAACGCCGCGGCCGCCAUCGACGCCGGCAACGCGAAAACCGCACUCGUCGAGAUCGCGCAGGCUAAGAUCCUCGUGCCGAACAUGGCGUUGGAUGUCAUCGAUCGUGCUGUGCAGACACACGGCGCGGAGGGCAUCUGCCAGGACACUCCCCUUGCGUACAUGUGGGCGCAGGUUAGGACUGUUAGGAUUGCGGAUGGACCGGACGAGGCGCAUUUGGAGCAGUUGGGGAAGAAGGAAAAUAAGAAGGCUGCUGAAGCUAGGGAUCUCAUUCAGAGGCAGGUGGAGAAGACGGAUGCGCUAUUCAAGAAGUACGGGACCAAGGAAUUGGGACCGUGUCCGAGGUUGUAGGGUGAACUAGAGUGGCGCUCAGAGGAUUUGUGGUUUGGGAAUUAGGAUAAUAGAUUUGAGCCCAUUGGGAUUGGACGACCGUAGUAUGUUACUAUUUAG